AAAUUGGAAGUUGUCUCUUUCGAGUCUUGCCCAAAAUUUUGGGAGCUUGUCAUAGGAAAUAUAAUUAGUUGUUCUGGUCAUAACCGAUGAUUCUUUUCAACACUUUGAUUCUAGAAUUUUCAAUAGAUGAGCUUAACAUCUGAUAUAUGUUAAUCUAAGCCAGUUUAUUCCUUGUGAAGUUCUUGCAUUUCUGCUGACCAGGUUCAGAGAAAAUGCAAUUGAAUCGCCGGAUAUUCCAAGGCCUAACCGGAAUAGCAUGUCGAUUUUACCAUUCAGACAAGGGGAAGAAAGCGACACUCUAUUCUAAAAUAAGUCCACUUGGAAACCCCAACUGUAGCGUAACAAAUGAGCUGGAUGAAUGGGUCUGCAAGGGCAAAAAAGUCAGAUUUGCUGAGCUUCAACGCAUCAUUCUUGAUCUUCGCAAACGUAAACGCUUCACUCAGGCCCUCCAGGCGUCCGACUGGUUGAAGAAUUCUGGUAUUUUCACUUUUUCAUCAACCGAGCAUGCAGUACAACUGGAUCUGUUAGGUAAGGUUCACGGGUUUCCUGCUGCAGAAAGCUACUUCAAUAACUUGAGCAAAGAAGAUAAGAAUGAUAAGACAUUUGGUGCUCUUCUACAUUGUUAUGUUCGGCAGUGCCAAACUGAAAAGGCACUGACACAUCUGCGGAGGAUGGAGGAGGAAGGUAUUUCUCUAUCUUCUGUGGCCUUCAAUGAUAUAAUGUCACUGUACACAAGAACCGAUGAGUAUGAACGGAUCCCUGAAAUGCUGCGGCAUAUGAAGGAAAUUGGGGUACGUCCUGACAAUUUAAGUUACAGAAUAUGUAUUAAUUCGUAUGGAGCAAAAUCAGAUAUUGAGGGGAUGGAGAGGGUCUUAAAUGAAAUGGAGAACCAAUCUUACAUCGUCAUGGACUGGAACACCUAUGCUGCUGUGGCAAAUAUAUAUGUUAAAGCAGGCUUAAAUGAUAAAGCUAACAGUUUCCUCAAGAAAGCGGAGGAGAAAAUAGAUAAUAAAGAAGGGCUCGGGUAUAAUUACCUCAUUUCUGUAUAUUCUAGACUGGGAAACAAAGAUGAAGUAAUCAGAUUAUGGUUUCUUGAGAAGAGUGCUCUAAAGAGGUGCAUAAAUAGGGAUUACAUUAAUAUGUUAGAAGCUCUAGUGAGACUUGAUGCACUUGAAGCAGCGGAACAGUUGCUCAAGGAGUGGGAGACAUCCGAUAACAGUUAUGAUAUCCGAGUGCCAUACAUAGUCAUUAUAGGGUAUAUUGAUAAAAAGCUAUAUGAAAAGGCAGCGACCAUGCUUGAAGAUUUAUCUACAAAAGGGAAGAUACUAACACCAAAUAUUUGGGGAAGACUGGCAGCAGGCUACCUAGAUAAAGGUGAGUUUGAGAGGGCUGUGAAAUGCAUGAAAGUUGCGUUGUCCUUGAAGAAGGAUAGGAAAGGUUGGAAGCCUGAUCCUAAGGGCAUCAUGAGAAUAUUCAGUUGGUUUGAGGAGAAUGGCAGUGUGAAUGACGCUGAAUCAUUUUUUAAUUCACUGAGGCCUGUUGUCGCCGUAAAUAGAGAGAUGUAUCAUGUCUUACUAAAAUUAUAUAUAGCAGGUGGUAAAGAAGUUGAAAGACUUCUAAACAGUAUGAGAGCUGAUAACAUUGAUGAAAAUGAAGAAACAAAGUUGAUACUUGGAUUACAACCCAACGAGAUUCAAACAGUUAAAUGUUCUGUAUGAAUUUACUUAAACGUUAAUUCCAAAUAACUGUUUUAGUUCA